CUGCCGCUGGUGGACUCGGACGGUCUGGGAGUGGUUUCCCAGCCCUUCCAACAACAGGUCCUCCCCCACGCCCCUUCCCAGCCAGGCUCCCGAGAGCGCUGUGUCUUUAAGGGGGACGCGCGAGCUUUCCGCCCAGGACGACACGUCUGCGAGGGGCCCGGAGGGGCUCUGCCACCCGGACUCCCGGCCCAUCGCCCGCUUCCGAGGUGACGGGAGAUGGACAGGUAACAGAUGAAUUGUGGUCUCCUUGAUACGUCAGUUGUCACAGAACUGACGGCACUCCUGCAUGUGGCACUCCUCUGGGCACCCCAGAUUUGGAAGAAACCCAGAGACAUCUUGUAGGGAGAUAAAGCGUGACAGUAAUUGGCCACCUCCGGCACUUGCAGGGGCACAUCAGUAAUAAUAACUCUCAGACUUCGGCACAGCACAGCUGAUGGUUCUUGAGAUCUCAGAAGUCACACUACGGUGUUUCCACCUGAGAACUUGGGUUGGCUGGAAACCCUGAGGCAAUGACCGAGACUGCCCACCGCCUCAUUUAAAGGUGCUGCCUAAAGAAUGAGGAGCGAAGAGCCGGCCGUGACCAUGGAAGAGACCGGCGGGCCGGACGCGGCUGCGGGCCGCCUUGGGGCGCCGUACUCCGAGGCCUGGGGGUACUUCCACCUGGCUCCCGCGCGCCCCGGCCACGCGGCGGGCCCCUGGGCCACCUGUCGGCUGUGCGGGGAGCAAGUGGGCCGCGGCCCGGGUUGGCACGCGAGCACCCCGGCGCUGUGGAAGCACCUGAGGAGCGCGCACCGGCGGGAGCUGGCGGAGAGCGCCGCCCGCCGCUCGCCACCCGCCGCGCCUGGCCCCGUCGCGGCCGCCGAAGGCGACUGGGCGCGCCUGCUCGAGCAGAUGGGCGCGCUGGCCGUGCGGGGCAGCCUGCGCGAGCGGGAGCUGGCGCGGCGCGAGGCGGCCGUGGAGCAGGGCGAGCGCGCGCUGGAACGCAGGCGGCGGGCGCUGCAGGAGGAGGAGCGCGCGGCGGCCCAGGCGCGCCGGGAGCUGCAGGCCGAGAGGGAGGCGCUGCAGGCGCGGCAGCGGGAAGUGAGCCGGCGCGAGGGCGCCUUGGCCCCGGCCCCCCCGCUCAAAGACGAGCCCGAGGGGGACCCUAGGGACGGCUGCGUCAUCACGAAGGUCCUCCUGUAGGUUUUGGCCGCUCCCACCCCCCAGCUCCACCAGCGGUAUUCCUCGUGCGGCCCGCAGAGCGGCGUCUUCAGCCUUACCUGGGAGGGGGAUCCCUUGACCCCUCUGCCGAAUUGAAAUCGCCAAAUGCAGGGUCUUGAGAAGCAGAACCAGAACAUGCUCGUGGUCCUUUCCGGCGGCCUCCUCUGCUGGUGGCGUGGCGUGGGAUCCGCUCAAGCGGCGGUUUUCCUCUGACCGCCUUUGGAAAAGAGUCCACCGGCCCCAUGAACCUAGGGCACUUGGAGCCAUGGCCAUUCUGUGGCUGGUAAUUUUGAAAGGACCGAAACUUCCUUAUACACCAAGGACUGUCGCACCAUGUGCCCGCAGCCCAGGGUAGAGUGUGCAUUGAAACGAGGAUCAGGCAUUUUUACCCCAAAAAGUUUUCCGCACUUCCUAACGAGUAAGUCUUUGAUGAGUAGCCCUUGCCCAGCACCAAGUUCUGAACGGGAGGCCGUUUAGUUUCCAGAACUGCUCAUUACCCUAUCAUUCCUAGUGCCUUAGGGAGGCAGUCCUGGAGAAGCCCUCUUUUUGCUCCCCUCCCCAGCUGGCCCCCCCAGCACCAAGCGCUUUGUCUUAGCUCCACCAUCUUCCUUCCCCUGUUGGAGGCCUGAUGGCAGCUGUGAUACAUUUCCCCACUUUACUGCCUCACACCUGCCACUUUACUAGCAAGACCUGACCUCAGCGCUCCUUGACAGGAAGCCCCCCCCCCCCCCCCCCCCCCCCACCCCGUCUCCUCAGUCCUCACACCUGGGCCAAGGGGAAGGCACCCCCCAUCUGAGGCCACCUUCUUCACCUUUACUGGGCCUUUUGUUGUUGCCAUGCUAAGUCAUGUCCAAUUCUUUUUCAAUCCCAGGGAUUGUAGUCCCCCAGCCUCCUUCCUGGGCAGUCAUACGGAGUGGGUUGCCAUUUUCUACUCCAGGGAUCUUCCCCAUUUAGGGAUCAAACCCACGGCUCCUGCGUUGCAGGCGGAUUCUUUACCACUGAGCCGCCUGGGAAGCCCCAUGGAUGUCUUACAGAAUGUCCGAUAUUCUGGAUUUGUCUGAUUGUUUCCUUAGGCCAAAUUAUGUACUCCUCCUUGGUUCAUCUACCCAGAGAGCUACAACAGCCACCUCCGUGCCAGAAACUCCUGACUACCUCCAGCCUUGUGUGUUCUUCCCAGGCCCGUCCUUCAUGUUCCGUCCCCUGCAGCGUAUCUCCACCUCUGCUGGCACAUCCUGCCAUUGGGGAUGGAAGGGGUAAAUGUAUUCAACUCCACAUCCCCACCCCUGACCCAAUGACUGAGAAUUACUGGGCUCUUAAAAUGUGUCAGGUACAUUUACAUGUAUUAUCUCACUUUAUUUCCAUAGCAGCUCCCUGGGGAGGGGGCAUAUUGAUACUAACACUCCAUGCAUCUUACAGCUAAUGAAACAGAGGGGUUAAGUGGCUUGUACUGGAUGACAGCUGGUAAGCAGUAGUGUCAGCAGUCCGGUCCAGUCUCUACCUCCAGACGCCACGUUCCCGGCUGCUGUACUGUUGCCCUGGUUACUCACUCAUCCCAGCUGCCACCUGUUUGCGUCCUGAUUCCGGCUCCAGGCCGCGCCGUCAGUGACGCGGACACGUGCUGAGCACUCACCGAGCCAGAGGCGCGCAACCAUGCUGUACAAGAGUAACUGCCUACCGUGCAGCGACCCCGUGGCAUCACUACUCCCACACCCACAGGCUUAGAGGAACUAAGGGAUGUCAAGGAAGAGUGGGAUUUGAGCAGCAGUCUCGCUGAAUCCUAGGCCCCUGAUCCAUUGGGUCUAUUUCUAGUGGCUCAGCCGGUAAUGAAGAAGACCCAGGUUCGAUCCCUGGGUCAGGAAGAUCCCCUGGAGAAGGGAAUGGCAACCCACUCCAGUAUUCUUGCCUGGAGAAUUCCAUGGGCAGAGGACCCUGGUGGGCUACAGUCCAUGGGGUCGCAGAGAGUCAAAUACGACUGAGUGACCUUCACUUUAACACCUGUCUUCCUUCUGAUGUCACCUGCCCAGCUCAGGGCCCGGUUAUCACUCAGCUGGGACUCACCUUUCCAUCCUUGUCUUCUCACACUACCACCUACCUGACACUCAGCUUGACCAGCAGAAUUGUUCUGACACUGAUUAUAUCACAUUUCCUGCUCAAGACUGGUGAUCACCCAUCUUCUACAAGCGCUAACUUCGUGGCCUGACAGUCAAGUCCCCCCAGCUCUGUGCCAGCCUUAUCUGUCCCCUCUUCCACACACUCUGUAUGCUUCAGCCAAACUGGACUCCUUGUUCUCGUGAUGUGUCCUGUUCUUGGCACCUCUGUGCCUGUUUGCCUCUUAAAAAAAAAACCCUUCAAUCUGAGUAUGAAAAGUACCACACAUUUUCUAAGAGUAAGCUCAAAUUUGACUCUCUACAUGAAGCUUUCCUGAAUUCCUCAUCAUUCAGAAAUGGUUCCUUACUUCUCUGGACUCUCAGCCUUUCAUAUCUCAGAGCCCUUAGAAGGCCCUCUGGCGUGUGCCCUCGGGAGCCGGGCUGGUGUUCAUUCAUCCGGGUCCCCCAGUGUCUCACCUGUGGCAGCUGCUCAACAAAUAUUGGAGGCGAUAAACCCAUUCAGUGUGUUUAAGAUUUUUUUUGAGUUUUCCCACUUAAUACAAUUAUUCCUUUAUUUUAAUUCUGAGUGGAAUUCCUAACAGAAAAAAGAAGUAGCCUAAAAGGAAACAGCAGUAAAUUUUUAAAAGCUGUUUAGUCAGUGAACUUUUGAAGUGUCAGUUUGGGGCUGUUUGGUUUGAAUCUAAUCACACGGCAUGUCAAUUAUCAGGAACACUUUUCUUAAAAAAAAUUUUUUUUUUCAUUACACAAUUAAUAUAAAUGCAAUGCCCCAAUCUAGGAAGAAAAACUGAAAGAAAAAAAAUCUCCCAAAGUCCUGUCAUCUUAGUCAGACUGCUAUUAACAUUUUUUUUUAUUCUUCUGUCUCCUGCAAUUUUUGUAUUACUCUAAAAAUAGUAUGUUAUUUCUGUUAAGAACUGAAAUUUAACUUCUUCAUGUGUGUUUAUAAUUGGGCUAUACAAUCUGAAUUUGGACUUUUAGGAAGGAAAAAAAUAGUACAAAUGUCACUCUUCAGUUUUACCAAUUGUUCGAACCAUUAAAAUAAGCAGAGUGACUUUUAGAAUCUUAACCACUCUUUCAAGAAAGGUGGCUAAUGGGUGCGCCAGUCAUCUGUUCAGGGGAUGGGGAAAGCAAUUAGCCUGACUGAUGACUUACUACUGGUUCUGGGAGUUAAACACUUUUUACACUUCUGCAUGGCUAUAGCUUUUUCAUAUCAAGCAUAAAUUACUUUUAUAAUUAAAAAUAAAAAUUACUUCUUGCAAAUGGAAAAUCCUUACUAUUAGCAUUCAGCAUAUUUAAGAUAAACAAAACUUCCCACACAAGAAGUGAGAUACCCUGCAAUUCCAGAAAAGCCUAGAAGGAAAUGCAGUCCAAUUCCAUCAUCCACUCUUAGUGGCUACGAUGGCUCACCCGACUCCAUCCUCAUCAGAUAUUCUGCCUCUUUGGCCCUGAGGGCUUCUGCUGGCUCACCUGGCAAGCACAAGGGCUACCAGGACCAGCUGGCUGAGCUGGCAUCCUGCCAGGUAAGUGCCGGGAGCUGCAAGUGCAGAGGUGGGUUCUGGGGAUAGCAUCUGUCUCUCUGGCCCAGUCUGCUCACGUUAGAGUUGUCACUGCUAAUGGGUGAUGGGGAUGUGCCCUUCUUAUACUGGCAGAACGUCCCUGAUUGAUACAAUAAGCCUUGCUAAUAGCAGCAGACAGUUGCUGCCUUUGAGGGCAAGGUACAUGGCAAGGUGGAUGGCUGGAAAUGGGAUGCAGAAUGCCCUGAAUCCAACUCCUGAACUCCCGCCAUGAUGCCAAGUGAUGGGUCACUUCUUUAAGUUGAGAUUCGGCAGAGGAGAGGGUGUGGGCAAAUCAGGGUAAUGACAACCAAGGCUGAGAGAGCUAGGGCUCUUUAUGCACCUCAGGUAUCAUCCUUCGAGGCUGGAGAAGGGAAGGCCUUGCUUAGUUUGGGCUGAAUUUCUAUUUUAGAAAGCUGUCUUAAUGUCUCAGAAGGGAUUCAUAAAAACUAAGUUUUUGUUUUGCUACCAUGGACUUAUUGGGGAAUUCUGUUUCUAAAGGUUUGAUCUUCUUCAGUCCGCUCCUUUGUUUGGAAAAUGGAUGAAGUGGGCAUUAAGGUCCCCUUCGGCUCUAAUAUACUAUGAUAACAUAAAGUACAGUGAAACA